UCUCUGUCUGUUAAAUUCUGUGUUGAUUCAGAAGACAAUGAGAUAAGGUUUUUUCUUUCUUUCUUUCUUUUUUUGGGGUAGAAUUAGCGUUUUUCCUGAAACCCCGUUUCUUUUUUCUCUUCUGGGUUAUCUGUUUUUGGAUUGGAAAUGGAAACGUCGGAGAAUUGUUCUGUUAAGGUCGCUGUUCAUGUCCGCCCACUCAUCGGCGAUGAACGCCUCCAAGGUUGUAAGGAAUGUGUUUCUGUCACUCCUGGAAAGCCUCAGGUACAAAUUGGCACACAUUCUUUUACAUUUGAUCAUGUGUAUGGAAGCGGUGGAGCUCCGUCGACUGCCAUGUUCGAAGAAUGCAUUGCCCCACUUGUGGAGGGUUUGUUCCAAGGAUACAAUGGCACUGUUCUUGCUUAUGGUCAGACGGGGUCGGGGAAAACGUACACCAUGGGGACUGGCUCAAAAGAUGGUAGCCAGACAGGGUUGAUUCCUCAAGUUAUGAAUGCGCUCUUCAGCAAGAUUGAAACAUUAAAGAAUCAAACAGAAUUUCAGUUGCACGUUUCCUUUAUUGAGAUUCUCAAGGAAGAAGUGAGAGACUUGUUGGAUUCCGUAUCUCUGAAUAAAGUGGAGAAUGGCAAUGGGCAUGCUGGGAGAGUUACUGUGUCUGGAAGACAGCCCAUACAAAUUCGUGAAACAUCGAAUGGAGCCAUAACACUAGCAGGAUCAACUGAAAUUUUUGUAAGAACAUUACAAGAAAUGUCUACUUGCUUGGAGCAAGGAUCAUUAAGCAGGGCAACUGGAAGUACUAACAUGAACAACCAGUCCAGUCGGUCACAUGCCAUCUUCACAAUCACAUUAGAACAGAUGAGAAAAAUCCAUUCAGUUUUUCCUGGGAAUGACACUCCAGAUGAGGAUAUGGGUGAAGAAUAUUUUUGCGCAAAGCUCCAUUUGGUGGAUCUGGCAGGAUCUGAACGGGCUAAAAGAACUGGUUCUGAUGGUGUUCGUCUGAAAGAAGGUAUACACAUUAACAAGGGACUUCUAGCACUUGGCAAUGUCAUUAGUGCAUUAGGGGAUGAGAAGAAGCGGAAAGAGGGUGUCCAUGUUCCUUAUCGAGAUAGUAAACUCACCCGACUCUUGCAGGAUUCUCUUGGUGGAAACAGUAAGACUGUCAUGAUAGCCUGCAUCAGUCCUGCUGACAUCAAUGCUGAGGAAACUCUCAACACUCUCAAAUAUGCGAAUCGUGCUCGCAAUAUCCAGAACAAGCCUGUUGUUAAUAGAGACUUGAUAUCCAAUGAAAUGCAAAAGAUGCGACAGCAGUUAGAGUUCUUGCAGGCUGAGCUGAGUGCUCGUGGGGGAGCAACUCCAUCAGAGGAAGUGCGGGUUCUUAAGGAAAGAAUUAUUUGGCUUGAAGCCACAAACGAAGGCCUUUCUAGAGAACUUCACGAAUAUCGUAGUAGACGUGCUGUGCAGUGUGAAGCAGAUGCUCAAGAUGGCCGUGUUUAUCUUCCAAAGAAUGAUGGACUGAAGAGGGGUUUUCAAAGUAUGGAUUCAUCUGAUUAUGAGAUGGGUGAUACCAUACCAGGUGAAAAUCACGGGGAAAUUAACGUGGCAACUAAAGAGCGGGAACAUGAACUUUUGCAGAAUACUUUGGAUAAGGAGUUGAAUGAGUUAAACAAGCGUUUGGAGCAAAAAGAGUCUGAAAUUAGACUUUUUGGGGGGCUUGAUACUGAAACACUCAAGCAGCACUUUGGUAGGAAAAUCUUAGAACUUGAGGAAGAGAAAAGAAUCGUGCAGCAAGAGAGAGACCGGUUGUUGGCUGAGGUUGAGAGCCUUGCUGCUAAUUCUGAUGGACAGGCGCAGAAAGUGCAUGAUAUUCAUUCACAAAAAUUAAAAUCCCUUGAAGCUCAGAUAUCAGAUCUGAAGAAGAAACAAGAAAGCCAGGUCCAACUUUUAAAGGAAAAACACAAAAGCGAGGAAGCCGCAAAGCGGCUACAAGCUGAAAUACAAUGUAUUAAAGCUCAGAAGGUUCAGUUGCAACAUAAGAUAAAACAAGAGGCGGAGCAAUUUCGACUAUGGAAAGCCUCUCGUGAAAAGGAAUUGCUGCAGCUAAGGAAGGAGGGAAGGAGAAAUGAGUAUGAAAGGCAUAAACUUGAAUCUCUGAACCAGCGACAGAGACUGGUUCUCCAAAGAAAGACAGAGGAGGCCUCAAUUGCUACUAAACGACUAAAGGAAUUAUUGGAAUCUCGCAAGUCUACUGCUCGGGACAAUUCAGUCAAUUCCAAUGGACAUACUCCAGCCGCCCAGAACAACGAGAAGUCCUUGCAGAGGUGGCUUGAUCAUGAACUGGAAGUCGUCGUGAAUGUUCAUGAAGUUCGUUUUGAAUAUGAGAAGCAAAAUCAAGUACGGACUGUCUUGGCAGAAGAGUUGGCCUUGUUAAAGCAAGUGGACCAGUUAUCGUUGGAAGGGAAUAGUCCCCCAAGAGGAAAUAAUGGAUAUUCCAGAGUAUUGUCCCUGUCACCAGACUCGAGGAAGGCCAGAAUAGAAUCUGUUGAAAACAUGCUGAGCAUGUCUUCAAAUGCACUCGUUUCCAUGGCAUCACAGCUUUCAGAGGCAGAAGAAAGAGAGCGUUCCUUGAUUGGUCGUGGACGUUGGAACCAGUUGCGUUCAAUGGGAGAUGCUAAGUGCUUGCUUCAGUAUAUGUUUAAUACCACUGCAGAAGCAAGGUGUCAAUUAUGGGAGAAGAACAUGGAAAUUAAGGAAAUGCAAGAUCAACUAAAUGAGCUGGUAACCUUACUACGACGAAGCGAAGCUCAGAGAAAGGAGCUUUUGAGGGAGCAAAAAGCAAAGGAGCAAGCUGUUGCCAUUGCCUUGGCAAAAUCAGAUUCAGGAAAUUCACGCACUUCAUUGAAACACUUUGCCGAUGAUACGAAUGGUCCCUUGUCUCCAAUGUCACUUCCAGCACCAAAGCAGCUCAAAUUCACACCAGGGGUAGUUAAUGGGUCAGUUAGAGAGUCAGUGACAUUUGAAAACCAGACAAGAAAGAUGGUCCCAAUCGGACAAUUGUCAAUGAAGAAGCUAGCUACUGUCGGGCAGGCUGGAAAACUAUGGAGAUGGAAGAGAAGCCAUCAUCAGUGGCUGCUGCAGUUCAAGUGGAAGUGGCAAAAGCCAUGGAGACUCUCAGAAUGGAUUAAGCAUAGCGACGAGACCAUAAUUAAGUCAAGGCCUCGUGCGCAGCUCCAAUUGAUAUGAUGCAAUAACCUCGUGUUCGAUCGGAGAUCUUCACUGUACAUACAUUUUAGUGGCCAUGUAUGAUGACUCGACGAAGAUGCAUAUGGUUUGAGGUGUGCUGUAAAACAGUAGAGAAGGAUCUUGAUUCAUUCCACGGGAGUGUUGCUGAAGCAUGACAAACGGGGAGCUCCCGCAGCGAUAUAUCAGGAGGAGCACCUUAUUUGUGCAGGCAUUCUCACUGAUCUUUUAUAAGGCAGCAGAUAAUUGGUGAUUUUGGAGCAUUGCUGCAUCUGUGAAAGAAGAAAUACUAGAUGAUGCAAAACAUAUGGUGUUAUUCCUUUUCUCCUUUUUUUUUUUUUUUUUUGUACAUCUUCAUUAGUUAAAUGGAAGAAUGGAACACAUUUUGCUUAAUUCAUUAGUAGUAAUACCA